AUGGCGCGGCCGCGCCGGCAGCGCCCGGGGGCCUGGGCGCCGCUGCUCUUGCUGCUGCUGGCCGGGCCUGUCGCCUGUGCCGCCAGCCCCGCGGACGACGGCGCGGGCGCCGGGGGCCGGGGGCCCCGGGGCCGCGCGCGGGGGGACUCGGGCUCCGACGAGGUGGUGCCGCGCCACGACUCCUCCUACGGCACCUUCGCGGGGGAGUUCUACGACCUACGCUACCUGUCCGAGGAGGGUUACCCUUUCCCUACUGCUCCUCCUGUGGAUCCAUUUGCCAAAAUCAAAGUGGAUGACUGUGGAAAAACUAAGGGAUGCUUUAGAUAUGGCAAACCGGGCUGUAAUGCAGAAACCUGUGACUACUUCCUUAGCUACCGGAUGAUAGGGGCUGAUGUGGAAUUUGAGCUGAGUGCAGACACAGAUGGUUGGGUAGCAGUUGGAUUCUCUUCAGACAAGAAAAUGGGUGGUGAUGAUGUCAUGGCCUGCGUCCACGACGACAACGGCAGGGUGCGUGUACAGCACUUCUAUAACGUAGGCCAGUGGGCAAAGGAGAUUCAGAGAAAUCCUGCCAGAGAUGAGGAAGGAGUUUUUGAGAAUAAUCGGGUCACCUGCAGAUUUAAACGGCCUGUGAACGUUCCCAGAGAUGAAACGAUUGUUGAUCUGCAUUUAAGUUGGUAUUAUCUGUUUGCCUGGGGUCCAGCCAUUCAGGCUCAAGAGAGUUACUUGGAGUAAUACUAAGGAGAACUUCACUGGAUGGCCCAAGUUCACAGUCAGCCUUUUAGGCAGAAGAACUUUCAAAUUUUCAUAAAGCAUGAAGGCAUUUGGAUACUUACACAGCUAAUGAGGAGAAUGAUGGAGAUAAUAGUGAUAUGAAAAUGGUUCAUAUUUAUUUGAAGUGCCUUCUGGAUUAGUAAGUAGCUAAAAGAACACAUUUUUUUUUGCUGCUUGGAAAGGUUAGAAAUGGAACUGUGAGUGUUCCUGAAGAUGUAAAAUUAUAUUAAUGAUAACAAAAAAUAUGGGCAUUCUUAGAAGUUAGAAUUUGGACUCUACUUCCACUGUAUUUAAUAAAUUAAGGUGUUCCUUUGUGGUUACAGCUAAUUCUGUUGUCAGUCACCACAUAUUGAGUAUGAGUAAAUGUGUAUUAUAAUAGACAAAUCAUCUUGAAUAUUCAAGGCAUUUUGAUAACAAAUUAACAUUUUUGGAGAUUGUGGAGAUUUGGAGUAGAAACAUUUUAAAGAUGACAUUUUUUUUUUAAUUAGCAAAUGCAAAAUGACCCAUCAAGUGAAUUUACUUAGAGUAUCCAUUCAAAUGUUCAGACUUGUAAAUUGGAUUGGCAGUCAGCAUAAUUUAUAAUAAUGUCUUGACUUGAUGCAUUUUCUUUUUUCAAAGGAACCCAAAUGUUCCUUUAUUCCAACUGACUGAGUUAACAGCCCAUUUAGAGGAAAAGAGUCUCUGGGUAUAAUUAUGCUGCUGAGGCAUUUCCACUGUAGAGUUCUGGAGUCUUCUGGCUCCCCCCCAAGUCCCCACCCCGUUGCUUUAAAGCUGGCUCCAACUUUGUGGUUUUUUGUGAUUAACAACACUGGAGACUGUGAUUUCUAAUGCCAUCCUUGGAAUCCAUGUCAGAAGUGAAAGGCCACCUCUCCUAUGGGGGAAGCUUUCGCAUUCUUCUGGCACUGAACAAAAAUAAGGAAAACAUCCAGAUUCUGUGACAUUUACUGCGUGCAUCCAAGGGAUGUAGGAGAAACAAUCCUCAUUGCAGGUGGACAGAGGUGAAAUGACAUCAAACGAGUGAUGGAUUCAAACUCAAGUCAUCGGAUUCAAGUCCCUGGCUCCACCUGACUCAUAACCAAGCCCUCCAGCCUUGGCUGAGGAUGGCCUGUGCGUCACCUUCUAAGCUACAGUGGUUGUGUAGCAGUGAGGACACUGAGUAUGCAGGCACCCACGUUGUAAAUAAGAAAGCAAAUAUUUUUAUAUUUCACCCUCUCAUGGGUAUAACAUUUCUGCCAUAAAUAGGUUAAAACUAAAUCGAGACUUGAGCUAGUCUCUGUAGCAGGCAGGGAAGGAAUAAGUUAAGGGAUUUUCCUUCCGCUUACAUUUCAAGUCAAGCUAAUUGUUUCAUGAAUUGUUUUUCCUUGGAUUACCAGUUUUGCCUAUUUGUGCUUAGAACUUUCAGCGACUUCUCAUUUCCAUUAGUGUGAAAUGCAAACCACUUUGUUUACCUCCGGUAUCAUCUUUUGUCACCACUCCUCACCUUGCUCUGUCCCAGCAAGACUGACUUGCUCUCAGUUCCUCAGACCUGCUUUCUCACCUCUCAUGACGUUCCCUGUGGCCCAAACAUCCUCCAAUUCCUGGGCUUGCUGAACUCCUAUGCACCUGUCAGGUCACAGAGUAAGUAUUUCUUCCUCCAGUCCCCUGGACUAAGUAUCAAUAGGUUCAGGUCCCUGCCAAACGCUCCCAGAGCACACUCGGCUUUCCCAUUAUUUUACUCAUCACACUUUCCUGUAAUUGCUGGCUCGUCCUCCCUGCUAACUCCCUAAUGCAAGGACCAUUUCCUGUUACUCAUCCUUAUAACAGACACGACUGCAUAGUAGGUGCCCAGCAAACAUUUGCUGAAUGAAUAAAUGGACGAAACUCUACUCCCAUGGCAAGUUUGGUCCAGAAAGCUUGUAUUCCAUAUACAUUGCUAGACUGGCCGACAUUUUUUUAUUCUUCGACCUGUGAUCACUCCUUUAGCAAACACUGAACUUUUGUCUCUUGAAACAUAAAUCGAAAGAUCUUCCUUAACAACGCUGUUUUGCCCUGUAAAACAGAGUUGACAUUUAUUUUUAACAAUGAUCAUUGUUCAGAAAUGGGAAUUCAACAGACCAGGGAUGCAGAACAGCAUUUAACUGUCAUCCCAGAGAAUCAUCAGUUUAUAGACAUACUGAAGUUAAAACUCUAUAGACUCCAAUUUUAUUCGUUCUUACAUAAUGUAGGAGAAUCAACUUGUAUUUUAUCUCUGUAUUCCAUUUUCUAACAUAGUACUUGUUACAGGGGAGAAACCCAACCAGUGUGUUUUUGUAAAUGCCUAAGUAGAAUAAUAAUGUCUGCUAAAUGUAUUUAGUGCUUUUCUUAGCACUUUACAAGGAUUAACUCAUUUAAUCCUCACAACAACCAUAGGAAGUAGAUUCUAUUAUUAGUCCAAUUUUAGAGAUGAAGAAACUGAGGCUAGGCAUUUGGCCUAAAUUACCAGUGUUGGCAAGGACUUUAGAUGACAUUUUAUCCAAUGCACUUAUUUUAAAGAGGGGCAGCUGAGACCUAGGGAGGUGAUGUGAUUUCCAUCAUGCACAUUCAUUAAAAAUUUUAUUAAGUGGAACCUGCUAUCCACACUCAAAUUAGCCAGGUGCUUUUUUUUUCCCCUUUAGCAAUUUAUAAUGAAUAGAAGGACUUUUUAUAGUUAUAUUUGGGGAAAAGGGUACAUUUUACUUUCAGUUUUUUCUCUUCUCAAAAACAUUUUGAUUCUUUAUUUUACCAGUCAUUUUAGUGUGUUUAGUAGUUUUAAAAAAUAAUGCACAGGGCUUCCCUGGUGGUGCAGUGGUUGAGAGUCCGCCUGCCGAUGCAGGGGACACGGGUUCGUGCCCCGGUCUGGGAGGAUCCCACAUGCCAUGGAGCGCCUGGG